AUGUUCCUGAGCUCUCAGGACGACCGUAUGAAAGCCCAGGAAGACGAGUCCGAGAUCGAGGAGGCCCAGCUAGUCGGCUCAGCAGCCGGAGGGGCUUCUCGUCAAGCUGUCGUGAGACUUCCAGGAAUAGAGCUAAUGGGGCCCCACGAGGCUCGUUACUUCGGCUUCGAAGCCGUUCGUGUCCCGGUACCUGCAAGUUGGUGUUCCAUAAGACAGCACGACUACCUAAGCACGGAAUGGUCUCGAUUCGGAUCAGCCAUCACACUACGACGCAGCGAGGAUCCCUCAGAUCUAUCUUCGAUUGAGGCCUUUCGGAAACCCAUGCUCCAGGGGCGGAUGUCCUUCGCCUACGAAAGCCUCCUCGCUUGUGUAGCCAUUAUCGGCGAGGUCCCAGACGAUCAGAGUGAGACAGUCAUUCGAAGGACGUCGUUGAAUUUGUCGCGGCUACCAACGCUGAUCACCACCGAAUCCGGUUCACGCUCUGGACCUUUGCCACGGAUUGCUACAUUUGGAGGCUGA